ACACUUUGCCUAGAUGCGUUUGGGUGUGGUGGGAAGGGGGUGACGGCCUCAUUUACAGACAGAGGCCGGGGCUGGCUUCUAGGCGACCGGGUUGGCCACUUUCACUGCGCUUCUGGGUUUGCUGGGAUCCAAGUUGACGCGACUUUUCCAGGAGUAGCUGGAAGACCUUAAUAGAAACUUCAGGGGUCCCGGGACUGGCGGGGCUUAGAGGAACUCCCCGCCCCGCUUGCCCUUCCAGGGAACGGACUGGCUAGGGGUGCGCUUUGACGCAAGGAGCGCAUCGCUCUGGCUUGGCCGGGACCAGAGCUUGGGGGAGGCCUCCUUGCCCACUGCGAAGACUUUGGGGAAGGCGACAGCCAGGGGACGGACAUCUGGGGGAGGGCUGGGGGUCUGAAUGGCAGGAGCUGCACCAGGGGGCUGUGCGCGCUGCGCGGGUGUGCGCGCCUCGCCGGGGGCUGUCUCCACCUCUUCUGGCGAGUUGGACCUAUGAGUGCGCAGCUCCGCUUACAACUAUCAACAGCCGGGAAGGCUGAGCGCGUGUGAGCGCCGAGGGGGGCGCAGGACCCUCGCAACUUCUUCGCAGGACUCCAGCCUGGCUGCCGGCGCCCGCAGCCAUCCGAGAGCCCCGCGCCCGCGCCUCCCCUUGCGCACCGUGGCAGCGCCCGGCGGGCGGUCCUGCCAGCCCCGACGGGAUGCCCGCAGCCAUGCUCCCCUACGCUUGCGUCCUGGUGCUCUUGGGAGCCCACACCGCACCGGCGGCUGGGGAGGCCGGGGGCAGCCGCCUGCGCUGGGAACCCCACUGCCAGCAGCCCUUGCCAGAUAGAGUGCCCAGCUCUGCGAUCCUGCCCCCACGCCUUAAUGGACCUUGGAUCUCCACGGGCUGCGAGGUGCGCCCAGGACCGGAGUUCCUGACCCGCGCCUACACCUUCUACCCCAGCCGGCUCUUUCGAGCCCACCAGUUCUACUACGAGGACCCCUUCUGCGGGGAACCUGCCCACUCGCUGCUCGUCAAGGGCAAAGUCCGCCUGCGCCGGGCCUCCUGGGUCACCCGGGGAGCCACCGAGGCCGACUACCACCUGCACAAGGUGGGCAUCGUCUUCCACAGCCGCCGGGCCCUGGUCGACGUCACCGGGCGCCUCAACCAGACCCGCGCCGGCCGGGACUGCGCGCGGCGGCUGCCUCCGGCCCGGGCCUGGCUGCCUGGGGCGCUGUACGAGCUGCGGAGCGCCCGGGCUCAGGGGGACUGCCUGGAGGCGCUGGGCCUCACCAUGCACGAGCUCAGCCUGGUCCGCGUGCAGCGCCGCCUGCAGCCGCAGCCCCGGGCGUCGCCCCGGCUGGUGGAGGAGCUGUACCUGGGGGACAUCCACACCGACCCGGCCGAGAGGCGGCACUACCGGCCCACCGGCUACCAGCGCCCGCUGCAGAGCGCACUGCACCACGUGCAGCCGUGCCCAGCCUGUGGCCUCAUUGCCCGCUCCGAUGUGCACCACCCGCCCGUGCUGCCGCCCCCUCUGGCCCUGCCCCUGCACCUGGGCGGCUGGUGGGUCAGCUCGGGGUGCGAGGUGCGCCCAGCAGUCCUGUUCCUCACCCGGCUCUUCACUUUCCACGGGCACAGCCGCUCCUGGGAAGGGUAUUACCACCACUUCUCAGACCCAGCCUGCCGGCAGCCCACCUUCACCGUGUAUGCCGCCGGCCGCUACACCAGGGGCACGCCAUCCACCAGGGUCCGCGGCGGCACCGAGCUGGUGUUUGAGGUCACACGGGCCCAUGUGACCCCCAUGGACCAGGUCACCACGGCCAUGCUCAACUUCUCUGAGCCAAGCAGCUGUGGGGGUGCGGGGGCCUGGUCCAUGGGCACUGAGCGGGAUGUCACAGCCACCAACGGCUGCCUACCGCUGGGCAUCCGGCUCCCGCACGUGGAGUACGAGCUUUUCAAGAUGGAACAAGACCCUCUCGGGCAAAGCCUGCUCUUCAUUGGACAAAGGCCCACCGAUGGGUCAAGUCCCGAUACCCCAGAGAAACGUCCCACCUCCUACCAAGCACCCCUGGUGCUCUGUCAUGGGAAGGCCCCCGACUUCUCCAGGCCACCGCAGCACAGGCCAUCACUGCAGAAGCACCCCAGCACAGGGGGUCUUCGCAUAGCCCCCUUCCCACUUCUGCCCCUAGUUCUAGGGCUGGCCUUCCUCCACUGGCUAUGACAUUGGACUUGACAUCAGGAUGGCGGCUCUGGACACCCAUUCAACCCUUCAGACUCCCUCCUGGCAGCUGUAGGGAAGGAACCAUUCUCCUCUGCUCUGUCAUGGAUGGAUGCACAGCCCCACUGCUUCCAAACUCUGCCUGUGUCCCAUGUGGCUCAGGACAUGAGCUUAACACCUGCAAAGCCUAUACCACAUCCCACAGCCCGGGUCCCCAGUCAAGCACUUGGAUGCGGCAGUGAUGUUCAUCGCUACGUGAGUUUCUAAAGAUCACUCCCAAUUUUUCUACUUUCCUCAUCCUUGGCAGCUCGCCAACAGGUGCAGUCAGGGGGCCACACGGAACACCCCCAUCCCAUGCUCCCCCCAGUUCUUCCCAUCCUGACCCUUGGGAUUCCAAGAUGGGAGCAAGAGGAGACCCUGAGGCUCUGCCUAGGGACGAGGCCUACAGUUCUGCCAUGUCUGUAGGUUGUUGUUCAAAGAUUAUUAAUUCGAAUUUAGCAAUACGAUCUCUAAGUGGUGCCAUGAAUUAAAGAUGCCACUUCGGGCUUUCAGUGCUUCUCAGCUUUUGGGCAAAGGGCUUGUGUCUUCAGGGGCAGCUCAGCUUUCCUGAGUCCUGACUGCUGGCAUUCGUCUGCAUUUGCCUGUGCUUCUGCGAGUCGGACCUCAAGCUGCCAACACUGUGUGUGGAUAAAUCCAGUUUUCCCGGGCCAGCAUGCAAAAUGAAGAGGACUCCAUCUAAGCUGAGAAGUGUGGCCUCCCCAGAGCAGCCUGCGGCCUCCAAGCCUCCCUGGCCCAGGCAAAUGCCAGUGUGCACCAGGCUGGCUGCUGGGGGCAGGUCUUUGGAGGGGAGCAGCAUUUCCAGCCUUCUGAACGUAGUUAAUAGUAAUGACAGCCGUAACACUAACGCGCUCUGCAAUUCGCCCUGCCCAGCCAUCCUUGGUUGCCAAGAUUGCCUGUGCCUGCCUGACAAAGGAAGAGAAUCUCCGAAUGUGUAUCUUUGGGCCCACCCUAGGGAGAGGUCGGGGUCACCAGGCUACAUGGCGACAUCUGGGCAGCUCCGCCUUGCCCAGCCUCCUUGCCAUAAUCCUAAUAUAUUGGUGUCCUCUGCUCAGAGGGGACUGUCAUCAUGGUGGGAACAGGCUGUGCCUCCCCAGGGACUCUGCCCAUGUUCCCAGGGCCUCAACUGUACACUGUGACAUUAACUGGCAUCCUGGUGGGCCCAGGGGUUUUCAGGACUGGGGGCCAAUGACUCACCCCCUCCUUCCUCCUCCUGAUCCCUAUCUCUAGCUCUUAUCACAGAUUUUGAACAAUUGUCUGUGAGGUUAAUGAUGGUUUCACAGGGAAGCCCUUUUCCUCCCUGAGACUGUGUGGGGUUCAGUCAGCCUGCUGAAAUUGCUUCCACUUAUUACCCAUCCUUCUUCUUAAAAAAAAAAAAAAGCCCACCAAGUUAGUAUUCUCUGUAGCUCUCAGACAGCUACGAGUGUUCCUGGCAUAUUUACCAAAGUACAAGAAAUCAUUACAUUAUUUACGGUCUCAGACUACAUCAGGGUGGGGGGAGCUCCUGGUGGGGAUGGCAGUGGGUGUCGAUGAUAUGUCCACGGCUGAGCAGGUCUUGUAUCCGAAGCUUGAAGUAACCAUGCCACCAUUUAUCAUCAAAUUUGAACCUUUUAAUAAAAUUAAACAGCCUGAAAAAUGUUCUUGCUGGUUAUUAAAGUCAACCAAGGGAAUUACAGUUCUAAAGAAAGGAAGUGGAGUGUCUUCCAGAGAAUGUGUGAAAGAGAAUAAAACCAGUGGAGGUAAACCCCAGCUCUCUCAGUUCUGCUUUCAUGCCACUGCCUGUCCUGCUGAAAACCCCCCAGGGGCUUCCACUGCACUCAGAAUAAAAGCCCGACUUCUGGCUCGCUGUUGCCUGCAAGGCUCAGCCACGCCUCCGCAUGCCCCGGCCACACUGGCCUUCUUUCUGUUUCUUGAUCACAGGAGCUCUUGCUGCCUUGGGGCCUUUGCACAAGCCCUGAUUUCCGCCUAGCCUCUCUUCCUCCAGACCUUCAGAAGUUGAGCACUUUCUUUUCAAUCAAGUCUCAGACCAGAUGUUGUCUCCUGAAGAUGUCACCAUUCGCAUCCCAAAGAGCAGCCCCAUUUCCCUGGUCCUUCUGUCAGUCCAUUGCAUCACAGUUGUAUGUUCUUUGUCAUGAAAACUGAUCACUGGCGGAAAUGACCUUAUUUGCCUAGAAUGUAAGCUCCAACGAAAAAGACUUGGCUCUGACUCGCUUCCUGCGAUCUUUCCGGAAGGGUCCAGUGUGCCUGGUGCAUGGUAGAAAGAACUUCAAUAAAUAUGUGACUCAGUAAAUGUUGGUUAUCCCUGUUAAGCCUCACACUGAGACCCGUGAACGGAUCACCUCCAUCUACCAUAUUCAGCGACCCUCGAGAGGCCCAGCUGAGUCAGUGAGAGGUGUGUGAGUCUCUGCGUCUUGCGCGCGAGGACACUAAGGCACAGAGAGAAGGGGCUGGGCUCCAGAGCCUGAGAUCCGGGCCUCUGUAUCACAGCCCACAGGCUUGGGGUGUCCUCCUCACUCUUGGAGGGAAUAGGAUUCCUUGAUUUUAUUUGGGGAAGGCAAUUUAGUGUUGCUUCGUGGGAGGCCAUCCCUAAUGAGAAGGAGUGUGUUGAGCAGGACAAGCAGCUUCCUGGAUCCCCUCAGUUGGACUUAGUUGCUCUCUGCUCGCUGGGGCUUGUUAGUUUGGGGGCAGGUGAUGCUGCUCGGAGCUACGAAGGCUGAAGAAAGGGCAACCAUCCCUUUUCUCCCAGGCAGAAGGUCAGGGCUUCCAAGACUCCGGGCUGAUAAAGGAAGGGGUCAUUUCAGAGGCUGAGGGGCUGAGACUGUCUGGUACAGGGCCAGAGGCCCAUGGGCACCAAGCCUUCCUUCCAGCCCUUUGCUCCCGCCCCUUAAGUCUCUGCCCUUCACAUAAAACGUGAGAGCGCUCUCGUCCACAGACGGGGAGGAAAGCCUAGAGUCCUAUUUCCAAAUAAAAUUAAUGUUCUCCAUUGCAUGUUCAGUCACGUUGAAAGGUGGGGGGUGGGUGGGAAGCCCAUGCAGUUGAUAAUUUCAUUGUGCAACUCCCAGGAGAGCAAAUGAGCUUUUUUUCUUUAAUAAAAAGUUGAAAUUGUAUACAGCUCUCAGAGGUCCAUUAACUAACAGAUGCUGGUUAUCAAAAGAAGCUCUUUGCCUUUCACUAAGCGCAUGCUUUUAAUCUCCGAGCGGUGCUACCGGGCUGAACAGCAGUGUGUGGCUUGGUGACGCAGGCCCACCAGCACGUGGCCCUGUCUGUGCAUCCUCUCCUGGGGGCACAGGUGACUCAGACACGAGGGACUGGAGCUUUCUGACGCAGAAUGUAGCACUGCAUCAGGGCCUGGUCAGGGCUGAUUCACACCCAUUAGCAUCGCAGACCGGAGACAAGCAGGGAAGAGCUGUUCCCACUUCAAGAGGGGACUUGAACAGUAGCGUGCAGCCUCCAGUCCGCUCCUGAUGGUUCUGAGACUGAAAGCCUGCUCCUUCUCACACACACAACCCCCCUUAAAUGGAUGUCAGCAUGAGCACAAAUGACCUGUCGACAUUCCCUAAAACCACCCUUCCAAGCUUCCAGACAGACCCUCCUCCUGCCCACCUGACACCUCCACCUUCCAUUUCGGCCACAGUGGCCUCCUUGCUCUCCUGCAGUCCCAUGGAACCCAGUCCCUCUCAAGGUCUUGGCUCCAGUUCUCCCUCACCUGGAAGGCUCUGCCCACCUCACCCCUGACCACCCCAAAGAUAGCGCCCACCACAGCGCAGUCACUUCAUCACAGCAUUUGUCAGUGGCCGAAAUCUGAAAAAAAUCCCGUUUGUUGGUUUUCACCUAUUGUUAGCCCCUCUCCUCUAGAAUGAGUUCCUUGCCAGCAGGGUCCUUGUCUGUCUUGUUCUCUGUGGAUCCCCAGUGUUAGAAUGGUGCCGGGCACAUAGUAGGAGGUCAAUAAAUACCAGUUAAAAGAAUACAUGUUCCAAGACCUGAUUGGAGACUCUGAAUUCAAGCAGCAAGAUGACACCCACACACUGUACUGGCUUGGAAUUUCGAUGUUGCUGACUUUUUUUCUAAUCAGAUGAGCAGAGCAGAACCCAGGCCUGUGAACUUGAGGACAUCUGUUUUCUAGUAGCCAGGAUAUAUCUAGAAAGGCAUUGAAGACCACUGCUCUCCCCAAAUAGGAGGCCACAGGGCCUGGUAAGAGGUACCUUGAGACUCCAUCUCAAGCUUCUCAUCCCCCAAAGGUCAGGGAGACUGGGAGAGCCUCAGCCUCACACAGGUACCCAAGGCUUUCCUUUCUUGGUUUUGGAGCCUCCAUCUCCCCCACCCCCGACCCUGCCAGCUUCAGUUUCUUUAUCAAUAAAAUGGGCUGAAACCUGAUGGUUCCUGGAGCCAACCAGCCCCAACACCAGUUACGGGAAGACCCAAAAUAGUAAGUGAUUCAAAUGGAAUCAAUAACGUAUUUUGAGAGAAAUGGCAAAAAAAAAAAAAAAAAGAAAAAAAAG